UCCCGUCGCUGCACUCGGCUAUUUCACCAGCUGAUUUCGGCAGAGGGGAAACAUUCCUGGAAACGGCAGUCGAAGAAACACGGGGGACGCAAUGGAAUAACUGCAAUAACUGCUUAAGUUUUUAUCAAGUGCACUUUUUAUUCGGCUUUCAUAUCGUUAACAAGGCGAGCUAGCUAUGAAAUUAGUGGCAAGGUAGCCAGCGAGCUAGCGUUAAAGCUAGCUAACUUUAUGCACCAGGCUAGCCUGUGUAGCUAGCUCGCCAUCAUAUUCUUUUUAACGGACUGUGCUUUUAUCGCAUGUGUUUUCGAUUUUUUUAAGGGAACAUCAGAUCUGUGGUCGUAACUGUGCGUCCGGGCAGCGCAAUGUACGAAACUGGGAAUAUAGGUCACUCAGGGCCACACUAUUAGGCUGUUCAGCAGCUGGGAAGCUAACGCUAAGUCAUUUUCUCAAUUUCUUUGACCAGUAUUCCGAAAAGAGCUAACCUGACUUAAUCAUAGACGUGCACAGGUUUAAAUAUUGCACAAUUUGUUGUUUGUCUAUGGAAAAGCUGCCCAGAGCGUUUGCAGUUGAACGCAAGGCUGUCCAAUGUUUGUGAGAUAGCACUGGGUGGUCAGACAAAGAUAUGGGUUCCCAGUCGUAAAGGGCUCGAGAGGCUAGCCGGCUAAUGAGCCAGCGACGGAUUUCUUCACAUCAGAUGCGUGCGCUUGUGUUGUAUCCGACAUUUUCCAGGACGGUAUCGUCUUUCCCACCUAGAUUUGCUUACUAAAUUCCUGAGACUAAUCUCACUCAGUGGGGGUGAAGGGUAACGCGAACUGGCCCCACAGUAGCUAGUGUUGAUGGCUGUUUGGAUGGCAUGACGGGUGAAAUUAACGUUAGUCACAGUGCCGUGCAGCGAACUGGGUCAUUCGCCUGACCGAGCUGUGGAGUUGCGCUGAUGCCCGUUACAUUUAGGAAGUGCUUUGAGACCAACUCUCUCCACCUAAGCCCUGCCGGAGGCCACUGUUAGUUUCGGCUGAAACAGUACCGGCGACUUCAGACUUGUUGAUGGCUCCCCACCUCUAAGCUCCUUCCGGAUGAGGUCAGAUAUUCGACUUGCCGUCUUCUCACCGGGCGCCCGCGUGUAGUGGAAAGCCGUAGACUCAUGUCUACACUGCGUGUCACUUUCUAAAAAGCCCAAAUAUCCCGGGAUCGCGCGCUGAUAACAUUGAUGGGAGGUCUUGUCUGGGUCUAACCGAGUCGCACGAGCAUCAGCCGGGGAAUGGCAUUCCAUGGCACGGGCAGGCAGGCGGUGUGCGGUAACUUGUUCCCCGGUUCAUCGGAGAUAGGCCACAAAUACUUCUGCGUCAGCACCUCCGCGCCCGGCACCACCUCGGCAGGCCUGUCCGCCUCCUCGACCACCACCGGCCCCACGGCCCCCGCCGGCGCGCCCCGACACCCGGCCUCCCUCAUCAGCAGCACCGGCGGAGGAGCCGCCGUCCCGCAACCCCACACCAACCCCGCCAGCGAAGUGCCCAGCGCCGCGGAGAUGGAGCCCGACCGACCCAUCGGAUACGGAGCCUUCGGCGUGGUCUGGUCCGUGACGGAUCCUCGAGAUGGGCGUAAAGUGGCGCUGAAGAAGAUGCCCAAUGUGUUCCAGAACCUGGUGUCCUGCAAACGCGUCUUCAGGGAGCUGCGCAUGCUCUGCUUCUUCAAACACGACAACGUGUUGUCAGCGUUGGACAUCCUCCAGCCUCCACAGAUCGACUGCUUUGAGGAAAUAUAUGUCAUCACUGAGUUGAUGCAGAGUGACCUCCACAAGGUCAUCGUGUCCCCUCAGCCCCUCACCACCGACCACAUCAAGGUGUUCCUCUACCAGAUACUCAGAGGACUGAAGUAUCUACACUCUGCGGGCAUUCUACACAGAGACAUCAAACCAGGAAACCUGCUCGUCAACAGCAACUGCCUGCUCAAGAUCUGUGAUUUUGGCCUGGCGCGUGUGGAGGAGCCGGACCCGUCGCGUCACAUGACGCAGGAGGUGGUGACGCAAUACUACCGCGCGCCGGAGGUGCUGAUGGGCAGCCGGCACUACGGGCCCGCCAUCGACGUCUGGUCCGUGGGCUGCAUCUUCGCCGAGCUGCUGGGCCGACGCAUCUUGUUCCAGGCACAGAGUCCUAUCCAGCAGUUGGACCUCAUCACUGACCUGCUGGGGACUCCGCCCCUCUCUGCCAUGGCAACAGCCUGUGAGGGAGCCAGAGCUCACAUCCUGAGAGGGCCUCACAAGCCGCCAUCUCUCUCAGUGCUGUAUAUGCUGUCGGAUGCUGCUACCCAUGAGGCCGUUCACCUGCUGUGCCGAAUGCUCGUUUUUGACCCAGCGAAGCGUAUCUCCGGUAGCGACGCGUUGUCCCACCCGUACCUGGACGAGGGCCGUCUGCGCUACCACACCUGCAUGUGCCAGUGCUGCUACUCGCUGCCCAGCGGCCGCGUCUACACACGCGACUUCGAACCGCCCGCCGCACGAGCCUUCAGCCACAGCUACGAGGAGAGCAUGCUGUCAGUCUGGCAAGGCAAAGAGCUGAUCCAUCGCUUCAUCACUGAGCACCAGCAGGGGAAAAGAGUGCCGUUGUGUAUCAACCCCCAGAGUGCCGCCUUCAAGACCUUCAUAAGGUCUACGGCGUGGCAUUCCUCUAAGGUGUCCAGAAAGGAGGAGAGAUGAAGGACGGCACCAGCCGGUGGACUUCUGGGAGAUGGAGUUUACCGUAGCCUGGAGAGUUGAUUCAUGGGGAAUGGAGUUUAUCAUAGCCUGAAGAUUGAACUUUUGGGACAUGAAGUUUCUUAUAAGAGUGGACUCGUGGGAGAUGGAGUUUCUUAUAAGAGUGGACUCAUGGGAGAUGGAGUUUCAUGACUUAUGGAUUUAUUUAUCAUGUACAGAACUCAAGAUGUGUGAUGGGAAAUGUCCUGUCGAUUAGACUCCCACUCACACACACUCACUCACACACACACACACACACACAAACACACACGUAAAUUGUAAUAACUUGCUCACAGUCACGCACGCAGACACAGAGACACACACACAAGCACAAUACUUAUCUGGACAUACAUGCUCACUGUCACACACAAACACACACACAAUUCACUGACACCCACUCUCUUGUUCUCACUCGACCUAUUUGACACAUAUCCCCACACCUGUGUGUGUGUGUGUGUGUGUCUGUGCGUGUGCGUGCGUGCGUGCGUGGGUGGGUGCGU